UCCGUUGGACGGUUCGAAAGUGGGAGAAAGACGAAGGGAUGUGAAGAGUAAGCGCGAUUGCCGAGUUGGAAGAGGCGAGGAUACCUGAGCUGGAACGGGACGGAGCGAUGGUAAAUGCGCGCCAUUUUUACUGCGCACCCAGGUUGGCGCACCAAUCAGAUUUGAAUCCUGGAGAGUCGGUGGAAGGGCACCGGACCUCGUGGCUUCGGUAAACGGCGGACUUGAAACAGGCUUCCUUGCCUUGAAGAUUGGACGAACGAGCAGAACGAGUCUGGCCGUCGUACGGUGAAGACCAGAAGUUGCUUAUCUAGUUCGGUAGCUGUGAGUUUGCGGCGUAGGCAGCCGGGCCGAAUUUUCGAGAAAUCUUGACAGAAAAGUCGGCGGAAAUCGGGCGGGAUAGCGGUGGAUCGGUUGGCCGGGGAGCGGUGGACGUUCGGAAGGGAGGAAAACGGAGCGGCACAGUUUCCAGUUCGGAUGCGGGAUUGGAAAUUCGCGUGGGCGCCGCUCUCGAACGUUUUGAAAAGCGAAAGAAGAUCGAGACGGAGAUAAGAACGAAAGUGGUUUCCCACCGAGUUGGUUGCUCGAUUUUGUCGAAACAGAAGAAGUCUUCGAGAUGCUGGCAGCUUCGUUCUGUCGCGAAGUUCACUUCACAGUGUUGUCCAGCACGACGAUGGCCUCGCGCGUACCACGUUGCUUGUUCGGCAAACCGAAUUCGAGGGAAACCGUGGAAAUGCUCCACGAGGCGCUCGACGCUGAGAGAAGCAAAUUCGCGAAGCGAUGGGGCGUCGAUCCUCGAUCCGAAGACAAGGAGAACAACUACCAGAAGAAAUAUCACGACAAGUACGAGCAAUCGCCGAAGAAACGGAGCAAUCCGUAUUCCAGACAGACCAGUAUCCACGAUUAUUGGCGAGCCCGUAAGGUAUGCGAGGUGAAUAAGAAACCUCUUGCCUCAUCGGUGGACGCGGCGAAGCAGCAGAACGAGUCGUCGAAAACGUCGAAGAUGAUGAUGAAGUCGUCGAAAAAGGCGGCACAGAAUUGAGGGAGCGAAACGCGUGCUUAAUUGCGUUU